UCUUCUCCUAGAGAGCCACCCCCCUUCCUUGGUGAAGCCUCCGAAGUCAUGUCUACAGGACCCUUUCCAUCUGCAAGAAAAGAGAGAAGUUCUGUCUCAACACCCAGUUUUAGGUGCAAUCAAAGGAAGAUGUUAAACCUACUUUUGGAAAGAAACAAUUCGUUUACCCCAGUUUUCCCCAGAUCUCCGGGAGACAAACUCCUUGACUCGACAAACCUAAGCAUUUUGUCCGGAGGAACCCCAAAACGUUGCCUUGAUCUUUCAAAUGUUAGCAAUGGAGAGAUGUCUGCUUCUCAGCUUAACACUUCUGCUGACUUUGAUGAAACUGGUAGAGGUUCCUUGGAUUCCUCAGGACCUCAGGAUGUACAGUUAACUGAGAAGAAUCAUCAGGACCCUAUGAAAGGCAUACCAGUGCAGCUUCUCUGUAGUACUCCAAAUGCUUUGGACCAUGGCCACAGAAAGAAAGAUGCAGUACAUGGCUUAUCUGCAAAUAAAGAAAAUAUAAACACCAAUCUAAAGACAUUGGAGUGGGAGGCACCUAGGACCUUGAGGUUUCAAAGCAUUCCUGGAGAUCCUCUGGCUUCUCCCCUUUCUUUGCUGGAAAAUGAGAUGAGACAUCUGGGCAGUCCUAUUACUGCAGCUCCAAAACUGAGUAAAACACUAAAGCUGGAAGACCAAGAAGGGGUUUCAGAGGGGCCAGUGGCGUUUUCCCUGGGAGACCAAGACAAGAAGGGCUUAAGUCUAAAGAAGAUGGUCUCUCUCUGUGACAUUAAUGCCAUUCAGAUGGAGGAUGAAGAUCCUGACCAAGGGCACCUCAUUGGUGAUUUCUCCAAGGUGUGUGUGCUGCCAACAGUGUCAGGGAAACACCAGGAUCUGAAGUACGUCACCCCAGACACAGUGGCUGCUUUACUGUCUGGAAAGUUCCAGGGUCUGAUUGAGAAGUUUUAUAUCAUUGAUUGCCGCUAUCCGUAUGAGUAUCUGGGAGGACACAUCCUGGGGGCCUUAAACCUGUACAGCCAAAAGGAACUGCAUGAGUUCUUUCUGAAGAAGCCAAUUGUCCCUCUGGACAUCCAGAAAAGAAUCAUCAUUGUGUUCCUCUGUGAAUUCUCCUCAGAGAGAGGCCCCCGAAUGUGCCGUUCUCUGAGGGAAAAAGACAGAUCUCUGAACCAGUAUCCGGCAUUAUACUAUCCAGAGCUGUAUAUCCUCAAGGGAGGCUACAGAGACUUCUUCCCAGAAUAUACGGAACUGUGUGAACCACAGAGCUACUGUCCUAUGCACCACCAGGACCACCAGGCUGAGCUGCUGAGAUGUCGAAGCCAGAGCAAAGCCCAGGAAGGGGAGCGGCAGCUUUUGGAGCAGAUUGCCCUCCUGGUGAAGAAGGAUGUGAACCCACGAUAGUGGGUAUGACAGUGGCAGUGGUCACAAAGUCACUGGAGACCCUGAAGAGCAGAGUCAUCUAUGUCACUAACGAUAGGAUUGUUAAAAAGUAUCUGCAGACAUUGGAGAUAGUCAGGCAUGGUGCAAACACCUUUAGUCCCAGCACUCAGGAGGUAGAGGCAGGAGGACCUCUGUGAGUUUGAAGCAAGCCUGGGCUACACAUGACCCUGUCUCAAAAGCAAACAAACAAAUAAAAAGCAAACAAAACCCAUCAAACAAAAGCCUUCAGAUGUCUAUAAGCCACAGGCUGUCAUACUGAUGAAAUCCUAACCCUGAGGACUGGCUCGGUGUCAGUGAGCUGCUGGCUGGGUGCUGAGUGAUUAGCA